GCAUUGCAGCCCUACUCUCUCUUCCCUCUCUCACCACCUCCCAUUUAUAUAUAUAUCUUCCCUUCUCUUGCAUUUGCCUCCCAGCAGUUUAUUCGACUUUUCCCACAUUUCUAACACAAACACAUCCUCUUUUUUGCCCCCUCGUCACUUCUCUUCUCUCUUGAUUUGGACACGAAGAAGAAAAGGAAGAAGAUCAUGGGCAGAUCUCCUUGUUGUGAGAAAGAACACACCAACAAAGGUGCGUGGACUAAAGAAGAAGAUGAACGUCUCAUUAAUUAUAUCAAAUCUCAUGGUGAAGGUUGUUGGAGGUCUCUCCCUAAGGCAGCUGGUUUGCUUAGAUGUGGCAAAAGUUGUAGACUGAGGUGGAUAAACUACCUGAGGCCUGAUCUCAAGAGAGGAAACUUCAGUGACGAAGAAGAUGAACUCAUCAUCAACCUUCACAGCUUACUUGGAAACAAGUGGUCUCUCAUUGCUGCUAGGCUGCCAGGAAGAACGGACAAUGAGAUAAAGAAUUAUUGGAAUACUCAUAUCAAGAGAAAGCUCUUUAGCCGUGGAAUUGAUCCUCAAACUCACCGUCCACUCAAUUCCUCCACCACCUCCUCCACCACGUCCACCACCACAAACAGCACCAACAAUAAAAAUAGCAACAUGGGUACCAAAAGGAUUACUAACUUUAAACUUGAAGAACAAAACUAUUCAUUUGUUCAAGCCCAGCCAGAGUUUAUGAUGAGCAACAUAGUCAAGAAGGCUAGCGAUUCAAGUAUUAUCAAGGUAGGUGGCAGCAGUGACUCUGCUGAAGAUUCCAAUAGUAGCAGUGGCGUGACAGCAGAAUUAGAAGUGUAUCCAAAUCAUAAACUCAAUCUUGAGCUCUCUAUUGGUCUUCCAUGUCAAUCUCAACUUUCUUCUGUCAAUGAUCUUAAUGAUUCAAAGCAAGCAAACCAACAGCAUCAAGAACAAGUUGUCACAUAUCAGUUGUUUGGGACCUCUGCUACUCCUACCUCCAGUGCCCCUGCUGUUGUUCAUAGAACAGCAUGUUUGUGUUCUUACAAUCGAGGGUUCAAGAACAGUCAAGCAUGUAGUUGUUGUAAUGCCGUGGAAAAAUUUGUAACAGCUGAUAGUCUUUAUAGAUUUUACAGACCUUUGGAUGCUUGAUGAUGACCGGGGAUCAGUUUGAUAAGGCUAGUUCACAUGUAUGUAAACCAUGGAGGGUUUAAGAAAAAUUAACCCCAACAGUUUUAGAAAAAUGUUCCAUGCUGAGUUUUGGCUUUAGUUUUCGCUCUUAUUAAUUUCUUUGUAGUUUUAAUAGGAACUUAAUUUCUCGGAUAAUUAAUGA